GGCACGCAAGUCAGCAGAAGAAUCAUUCGUGCGGUUUUAAAAUCAUAAACUUUUGAUAAAAGUUAUAAACAAAUGUGUUAAACUAAGUGUUGUGAUAGUUUAAAGUGUAAACAUGGAUCACCUAGAUGACCAACCCUUAAGACUCAAAGACUAUAACAAAAAGGACGUGGAAUUAACUCAAAAUUAUCAAAACAAAACUUCUUUUUUGAUUGAGGAUAUUUUAUCUUAUCACAAAUCAGACCCCGAGGAUGAAUCUUUUGUGGAUCAAAAAGGUCUGUUAAAAUCACCUUUGAAUCUCCCUAUACCUAUAUCCACUGGUUAUCCACCUGUGAAAAGUCCUUGUGGGCAGAAACCUUCCCCAGAAGGUCUUCAAAACCCUUCGGAAAGAGAUAAACCCGAACGGGAAAGGCCCAGAGAGAAGACCUACGCAUAUUUUCAACAAAAUCCUAUUGUCAACCCAAAUUCAAAUAUGAACCCUCAAAGUUUAUCGAGUUAUCAUCAUCAACCUCAAAUGCAGCCGGGUUUGCAACAUGGGCAUCCAAGUUCACAUCAACAUGGUCAAGAAGGGUAUAUUCAAGUAAUGGGUGCGUUGGGUGCUUAUUUGGGUUCACCUUAUAAGUCCAUCACGGAUCCGUAUUUCCUGACGCAAGGGAUACCCUUUCAUCAUGCCCUUUUUGGGUCUUCGCCGAGUGAGAUCUCGUUGAAUGCGUUGAAGCACUGCCGCCGACGGAAGGCGCGCACGGUUUUCAGUGACCCGCAGCUUACUGGAUUGGAAAAGAGGUUUGCAGCGCAGAGGUAUCUGUCAACGCCGGAAAGGGUGGAAUUGGCGAGUGCGUUGUCGUUGAGUGAGACCCAAGUGAAGACGUGGUUUCAGAACCGACGGAUGAAGCAUAAAAAACAACUGAGGAAAGUUCAGGAUGACAAAGGUGACAAAAACACUUCGGAUAAACAACAAGAUGGUGCAAUUGACUUUUCGGUAUCACAACAAAUGUCCUCGUCAUCAUCAUCGAAACAUAACCAUCCUGGCCACCUUCACGGUACCCUAGGAUCACUCCAGGACAGUGAUGAAUCCGACGCUGAUAGCGACAUCGACAUAGUCGGCGAUGCGAAAAGUUAUUACAAAAAUUAA